AAAGAAAAGCACAAAAAAAAGAAAACUUAAUGAAAAUUAAAAAUAUAUAUAAAAUUAACUAAAUAAUUAAUAAUUAAUAACAUUUUAAUAUAUUUUUUUUUUAUAAAAAAUAAUACAAACAAACGAAAGGAAACUUUUAAUACUUUAAUAAACUAUUACAAUUUUGCUCAUAUAGAAACAAAAAAAAAAAAAAGAAAAACUAUGUCACUAAUCGAUAAAUUACAAGAACAAGAACCGAUACCAUUGGCCGAUGAUGAUCCACAAGUAAUCAUUAACGAUGAUGAUCAACGUUCCAACAUUCCCAAUGGCCAUUCUAUGGAUUCUCUAAGGUCGUCCUUUACUAAUCGCAGUUCUACCCCUGAUUCACACAAUUCUUUGGAUCCGGAAAUAAGCCCUGACGAAAAGGAGGAGAAGGCACGUUUAAUCACCCAAGUCUUGGAGUUACAAAACACUCUAGAUGAUUUGUCACAACGCGUGGAUUCGGUUAAAGAAGAGAAUCUUAAAUUACGUUCAGAAAAUCAAGUUUUGGGACAAUAUAUAGAGAAUCUUAUGUCAGCAUCAUCAGUAUUCCAAUCGACUAGUCCAAAUUCAAAAAAGAAGUAGAUAUUUAUUGAAAUGCUAGCACAGAUUUACUCUAAAAAUUUACUACUCACAGAACUGUCAAAUAUUCUGAUCGGAAUGAAUUUAAUUCUGAUUUAGCUUAUCGUUUCCAAUGUUUUUGUUAAUAAUUCUACUUUAAAAACUCGGAGUGAUUGCAUUUCGGAAAAAAGUAUUCGUUUAAUUCGUUCUGAGAAAAUAUAACUUUAGUUUCGAAUGGAAUUCUGUGACGGUACAUGCUUCUUUUUUUUUAAUUAUUUUGCAUGAAAAUUGUUUUUAAUUUUUAUUCAUUUCAUUUCGAAUACUCACCUCUAUAUUUAUGUUCUUAUGUACUAUUGUAUAUUUUUUUUAAUUAUUUUAUAUUAUUCAUUAGAUAAAUAUUCCAAUCAAAAUGCAUAUAUUUUUACACAUGCUUAAAUACAUACAUUCAUAUAGAAUUGCAAUUAUAAGGCCUUUUUUAAAUGUAAGCAAAUGUAAUCUAUAUUUUAAUGUAAUUUGCUUUACUAAAGAAUUUAUUGUUUUAAUAAAAAAAUACAGCUUA